AUGUGCCCCCACAACGUGCACAGAUUGGAAGUCGGGCAUGCGACCGCGAACGCAGCACACCGACACCGAGCCCACCACAACACGGCUCCGCGAGCCGCCGCGAGCCCGCGGUACCGGGGGAGCACGGCGGCCAACGGUCAAGUUGAGCUCGACAGCAAUGGUAUGGGCCCUACCCUGUGUGGUAGGACUUUGGAGUGCAAUAAUACCACUGCCACUUUGGUGUCUUGGUAUCCACUGAGCUGCGUGGCCAUGCUGCUCCUGGCCUCCUAUCUGUCCUGGCUGUGCUGCACCACCUGCCUCAACUGUACGAGAAGACAGCGGAAAGAGGAGACGACCAUGUGGCUGCCCAUGAUUGGGAUGACCGCCCUGCCGCACGUGGGGGGCAUCUAUGGUGGGUUCAUCACACGCAAGCAAGUAAAGGAGUGGUACCCAACUCUGAAGAAGCCAUCGUGGCGCCCGCCAAACGCAGCGUUCCCUGUGGUGUGGACGUGCCUGUACACCGGCAUGGGGUAUGGCUCCUACCUGGUGUAUAAGGAGCUUGGAGGUUUCACUGAGGACGCGGUGGUUCCACUGGGACUCUAUGGUCUGCAGCUUGCUUUAAACUGGGCCUGGACUCCCAUUUUCUUUGGUGCACACAAGCUGAAAUGGGCGCUAAUCGAGAUUGUACUUCUCACUGGGACUGUCGGAGCCACCAUGUUGUCGUGGUACUCAAUCAGCCGCACCGCCACGCUGCUCUUGGCGCCCUAUCUCUCCUGGCUGUGCCUUGCCACCUCCCUCAACUACGUCAUAUGGAGGGACAACCCUGAGGGAAAAGAAGAGUAG